AUGGAGGAGCUGAAAAUGUCCGGAUCGGUAGCAUCCUACGAUCAACUGGUGAGGCAGGUGGAGGCGCUGAAAAAGGAGAACACGCAUCUCCGUCGGGAACUGCAGGACAACUCCAAUCACCUGUCCAAACUGGAAAAUGAGACUUCAGACAUGAAGGAAGUCCUGAAGCAUUUGCAGGGCAAACUGGAGCAGGAGGCCAAAGUGAUGGUGUCUUCAGGGCAGGUGGAGGUCCUGGAGCAGCUGAAAGCUCUACAAAUGGACAUUACCAGCUUGUACAGCCUGAAAUUCCAGCCGCCGGCCCUCGUCCCCGAGCCCGUGUGCCCGGGACACAGCGCCGAGGAGAGCCCUGCCCACUCGUCCACGCUUCAGAGGAAAGAGAGCCUGGGAGACCUGAGCCGGGCCACCCUCCGGCUCCUGGAGGAGCUGGACCGAGAGAGGUGCUUUCUGCUGAGCGAGAUUGAAAAGGAGGAGAAAGAGAAACUGUGGUAUUACACGCAGCUCCAGAGCCUCUCCAAACGCCUGGAUGAGCUCCCUCAAGUGGAGACGUUCUCUAUGCAGAUGGACCUGAUCCGCCAGCAGCUGGAAUUCGAAGCCCAGCACAUCCGCAUGCUCAUGGAGGAGCGUUUCGGGACAACCGACGAGAUGGUACAAAGAGCGCAGAUCAGAGUAUCUCGGCUGGAACAGAUCGACAAGGAAUUGAUGGAAGCCCAAGAUAAGGUGCAGCAGGCAGAACCCCAGCUCUGUGGGAAGCUGCCUGGUGUAGAAGGCGACGGAAACCUCGACGUCCCCACCCAUCCCGACGAAGUGGGGGCUCACCCACACAACCACAAGGUGGAGGUGGUUUUCUGGCUGUUGUCCAUGCUGGCCACCCGGGACAAAGAGGAAAUGUCCCGCACCCUCCUGGCCAUGUCGAGCUCCCAGGAGAGCUGCCUGGCCAUGCGGAAGUCCGGCUGCCUCCCGCUACUCAUCCAGCUCCUCCACGAUGCGGACUGGGAACCGGGGGCGUCCGAGAGCCCCGGCGGCCACGAAGGAGCCGGGAAGGACUGCCGCAUGCGGGCCAAUGCUGCCCUCCACAACAUCGUCUUCUCCCAGCCGGAUGAGGGGCAGGCCAAGAAGGAGAUGCGGGUGCUGCACGUCUUGGAGCAGAUCCGCUCCUACACGGAGACCUGUUGGGACUGGCUGAAUAUGCACAGCGAGGAAGGGGCAAAGACCCCCGAAGGGGGCGCAGGUCCCGUCCCCAUCGAGCCACAGAUCUGCCAAGCGACUUGUGCAAUUAUGAAGCUCUCCUUUGAUGAGGAGUAUCGCCGUGCCAUGAACGAGCUGGGUGGGCUACAGGCCAUCGCAGAACUGUUACAGGUGGACUACGAGAUGCACAAACUGACCAAUGACCCACUAAAUCUGGCCCUCCGGCGCUACACCGGCAUGGUGCUGACCAACCUCACCUUUGGAGACGUGGUCAACAAGGCGACCCUAUGCUCCCGCAGGAGGUGUAUGCAAGCGAUUGUUGCGCAACUGGCGGCAGACAGCGAAGAGUUGCACCAGGUGGUCUCCAGCAUCCUGCGCAAUCUCUCCUGGCGAGCCGACAUGAACAGCAAGAAGGUCUUGAGGGAGGUGGGCAGCGUGACGGCUCUUGUGCAGUGCGCCUUACGGGCCACCAAGGAAUCCACCUUGAAGAGCGUGCUGAGCGCCCUGUGGAACCUGUCGGCUCACAGCACCGAGAACAAAGCAGCCAUCUGCGUGGUGGAGGGGGCCCUCGGCUUUCUCGUGAGCACGCUCACCUACAAGUGCCAGAGCAACUCGCUGGCCAUCAUUGAGAGCGGAGGGGGGAUCCUGAGGAACGUCUCCAGCCUCAUUGCCACCAGGGAAGACUACAGGCAAGUCCUGCGGGAUCACAACUGCCUUCAGACUCUGCUCCAGCACCUCAAAUCCCACAGCCUGACCAUCGUCAGCAACGCCUGCGGCACUCUCUGGAACCUCUCAGCCCGCAGCUCCAAAGACCAGGAGCUGCUGUGGGACCUGGGGGCGGUCAGCAUGCUCCGGAACCUGGUCCACUCCAAGCACAAGAUGAUCGCCAUGGGGAGCGCGGCUGCCCUCAGGAACCUCCUGGCCAACCGGCCCCUCAAGUACAAAGACGCCAUGGUCAUCUCGCCCGGGUCUUGCAUGCCCUCGUUGUACAUGCGGAAGCAGAAAGCUCUGGAGGCCGAGUUGGAUGCCAAGCACCUGGCCGAGACCUUCGACACCAUGGAGAAGCAGACCUCGAAAGGCCAGAGCGCCAAGAAGCCGCCGAUGCGGCACAUGGACAGCUUGGUGAAGGACUACGCUUCCGAUUCGGGGUGCUUUGACGACGACGAGGGGCCCAACGUGUCCAUCAGCACGGAGACGGGUAACGCCUCGGUUCUCUCCAUGUUCCUCAACUCCUCCUUCCUGCAAGGCCAGGCUCUGCCCAGAGCCAUCGCCCAACGCCGAUGUCCAGAACCUGAGAAAGACGAGAGCGGCAAGCCCUCAGAAGCCAACAAGGCACCUCCUCCCCUGCUUCUGCCUCCGGACAACGAAGUCUCUAUGGUGGCGGCCAAGCUGGCCAACAAGAUCUCCACCACCGUGGCCAAGAUAGACAAGCUGGUGGAAGACAUCUCCACCCUCCACACUUCCUCGGAUGACAGCUUCAGCCUCAGCUCCGAGGACCACUGCCUCGACUGGCAGUACGGCCCCGAGGAAGUCCACGAGGCCCGUGCUCAGUCGUGCUCCCCGUGCCGCCUGUCGGACGCCCGCGGGUUUGUCAAGCGGGAAGGCCUGAGCCGGGCUCACACCCUCCUGCAGCUGAAGGCGGCCUACACCAGCUUGUCCAACGACAGCCUCAACAGUGGCAGCACCAGCGACGGCUACUGCACGAAGGAACACAUGAGGCCAUGCACCAGGACGACUUUCUUGGAUUUCAAAGACGAGCUGCACCGGUAUCAGAAGCGCCCCAGCCGCCUCGACCUGAAGAACAUUCUGGUCAACAGGCCUGAGAAGAUGGAGCUGCUGGAGAAGAAACGCCAAGAGCCCGGAGAAGCGGCGGAGAAACUAGAGACCCUUGAGAAGGCCAAGAAAGCGGCAGCUGUUUCCAGCACUGUUGCUGCAGAGAAGGAAUCAGAAUAUAAGAAGGAUCUGAGCAACAAGAGGGCUGCCGACCCACAGGUCCACACGAUCAAGCUCUCCCCAUCCUAUCAGCACGUUCCCUUCGUGGAGAAUGUGGGAUGUACUGACCCAGCAUCUGGGGCUGCGGAGUUGCCAGGAUCACACCCCAGCUAUCCAAAUCUGUCAGCACAGAAACAAGACCAGUUGUCUUCCGGGCUUCUGCAAACCCCAGGAAAUCUUAACAGGAUCCCGGAGAAGUUGUCGGCGCCGGCUGAGCACGAACAACUGCAGAAGUACUCAGUAGAGGAUACGCCAAUAUGCUUCUCCCGGUGCAGCUCCCUCUCGUCCCUGUCCUUGGCUGACAACAUGCUGGAUGGACAGAGCCACAGUGAGAACGAGAUGGACAGCGACUCCUCACUCGAGAUCAUUGAGGUGGAAGAGGUGGCCGAAGCAGAGGAAGCCCACAAGGAGGGGCCAGAGAAGACAAAAACGGCGGCAGAAGCCAGCCCGCACAUGUCACAACCCAUUGCCAUUCCCUUCCCCAAAAAGGAGAAGAUAUUCCUUAGGGGAGUCUCACCCGCCCGGCACGACGACCUAACCCCGUCCAGUUCCUCGGAGAACUACAUCCAGGAGACCCCGCUGGUGAUGAGCCGAUGCAGUUCUGUCAGUUCGUUGGGCAGUUUUGAGAGCCCCUCCAUUGCCAGCUCUAUCCAGAGCGAGCCCUGCAGCGAGAUGAUCAGCGGCACCAUCAGUCCCAGCGAGUUGCCGGACAGCCCCGGUCAAACAAUGCCUCCCAGUCGCAGCAAAACUCCCCUGUUUGAGUUGAGCGGCCAACCUGAGAAAGAGACCAGCCAGUUCAAUAUCCAGUGGGAGAACAACGUCAAGAAAUUCAUGGAGAUCACCGACUUCAAGGAGCGCUUCCAAAUGCCCCAAGACCUUGACUCCAUGGUCUAUUUUACAGUGGAGAAGCCCAACGAGAACUUCUCGUGCGCCUCCAGCUUGAGCGCACUGCCGCUCCAUGAACACUAUGUUCAGAAAGAUGUCGAGCUGAAACUUAUCCCUCCGUUCCCUGAGAGGAAUGGCUUGAACUUUGUGACACACGAGGAAGAGAUGGUCAACGAGAGCCAGAGGAAGCCGGAGCGGCUGGAGCUGACUUCCGACGAAGACCUCGAGAUCCUGAAGGAGUGCAUCAGUUCGGCCAUGCCAUCCCGUUUCCGGAAGGUCCGGACAUCUCUCGUCUCUGGCUUCCCAGGCCAGGUUUUGAAUCCUCAGUCUAAAAAACCUGUGCAUGUGCCAGUCUACAUGCUGGUCCCUGCCAAUUCCCACUUGGGCAUCCCUAAGAACCGACGGGCUGUGGCUGCCAGAACCAAUAAGGAAUACAUUUGUGAUGAGGACUCCUUCACUGACUCGGCAGAAGGAACCCCUGUCAACUUCUCCAGUGCCGCUUCCCUGAGCGACGAGACCCUCCAGUACCCAAUGAAGGAUGAGGGGGACUCAAAGCAUGGCCCAGGGAAAAAGAGGGAGGUGGCACGGCCGCAAGGGGUCGGGCACAAGCUGGAAGGGCUGCAGCGGGACCAAGGGACCUUGCGCGCUGGAAGGAUCACCUCCAGCCACUCCACUCCAACCAAGAUGGUUUCCUCCGGCAAGCACAAAAUCGGGUCUAACCACACUAGCCCGCUUCGUGCAGGCAGAGCCCAAUCCGCUGAAUCCAAGAGAGCCCAGCUCCCGCUUAAAGGCCUAGAGCUGACCCUGAUGAGGCAAGGCAGCAUGGGGGCCUGUUCUGAGGGCAGCCGUUCCCGGAAGGAGGCUCCUCGGGAGAAUGGCGGCCGCAGCAACGACAAGGUCUUCCAGUCCCUGCGUCACACCACCCCGACGGAGGAGGCCGUCUACUGUUUCUACGAGAACGAUUCCGAUGACCUGACAGAGCUCGGCAUGAAAAAUUCGCCCAAGAGGAAGGCUGGCGCAGCCGGCAAGGCCCAAAGGAAAGAGUGCUGGAUCCGGAAGGAGCCUGACCUCCCUGCCAGACACGCCAAAGCCAAAAUGGCUACCAAGCUCCACAGUAACCUCAUUGCGGAUGAAACGCCGCCUUGCUAUUCUCUCAGCUCUUCCUUGAGUUCCCUGAGUGACCUGGAGCUCUAUGACCGUGAAGAAAGGACUCCACUCUACAGCAGGCCCAACCGCCAGCUGGCCUCGAGCUGUAGACGCGAGGUGGCCUCGUCCUCUUCCAAACGGAGGGAUAGCUCUGCCAGUUCCCUCAGCUACAAAUCGGAAGACGACCUGCUGCUGAAAUGCAUUGGCUCAGCCCUUCCAAAGCGGAGACGCCACUCAGCAAGGAGAAGGAACUCAGAGAAGGAUCGGAAGGUGUCCGGCCUCAAGGAGCGGAAGUCCAAAGACACACCGGACGAAGUCGCUUCUGAAAGGGGAUCAGAUCUGGACAGUGUGGAUUGGAAAGCCAUCCAGGAAGGGGCCAACUCUAUUGUGACUUGGCUGCACCAGGCUGCCUCUUCCUUCACCAGGGAGCCUUCCUCGGAGUCGGACUCCAUCCUCUCGUUUAUGUCUGGCCUCUCUGUUGGCUCCACUUUGCAAAUGUCUCUGGACAGGAAGGAGAAGAAGCGAAGCAGAAAGGUCCCUGGGGGUCACAUGGAGAAGAAAGACCAGCCAAAGGCCUUCCAGGAGGGCAAGAAAAUGAUGGACACAAGAGUGACUGGUGGCAGGGACAGCAGAGUGGAGAAGAACCCAGGGCAGCAGAAGCCCAUGACCAACUUACCAGUGGUUUUCCAUGGCAGGACGGUGAUCUACAUGCCCAACACGGCAAAAGAUUCACAGAGCCCCAGGUCCACCCCAAGGAAAACAGGAUCUCCCACUAAGCAGGAGGGCCCUGCAAAGAACCUCAGCCUGAAUCAGCAGAGGUCACGAAGUCUCCACCGGCCUGGGAAGAUAUCAGAAAUGGCAGACCUUACAUUGCCCAAGAGAAGUGCUACUCCACCAGCUCGGAUCGCCAAAGCUCCUUCCUCUGGGUCGUCCAGAACAUCUACGCCUUCUCAGCCCUCCCAGAAGAAGCUAACAUCUCCUUCGCAGCUCAACAAACAGAUGCCAUCUCGCGAGGUUGGGAAGGCAACUGGAAGCUCCACACCUGGCCCCAGCUCCAAACUGGUUCAGAAGUCGCCUGUGUCCAAGCAACACAAGACCCAGAAAUCACCCGUCCGCAUUCCCUUCAUGCAGAAGCCCAACAGGAAGAUUCUACCCGCCAGGAGCACCAUGUCUGUGCUUGAGGAGCAGGUGGGCAGAGAGGGUGGACAUGAGCCAAAGCCAAAGGUCAACGGGAAAGGGGUCCUACAGACCAGCCGCCUCAACUUGGUGCGUGUGCCCUCAGCAAGAUCCGUCAGUAGCGAGUCAGACCGCACGGGUUUCCUGAGGCAGCUGACAUUCAUCAAGGAGUCGUCCGGCCUUCUCAUGAGGCACCGCGCCGAGCUUUCUUCCUCGGAGCCAACCCCCUCGCUCUCUCAGGGUGCCUCUCCCAGGAGAAGCAGACUCGGCUUGCCGACAGUCUUCCUGUGCUCUUCCAGGUGUGACGAGCUCAAGGUGAACAAGCCAGGAGGACCAAGCCAAAGGCCGGUCACCUCCAGGGUGCCCCUCUCAAGUCACAGGGCCUCCUUGGGGGCCAGGCCUCCAAGACGAACCAGCUCAGAGAGUCCUUCCCGGCUUCCCCAGAAAAACAACAACCUCCUGCCCGAGCCGUUCAAACGUUAUUCCUCCUCCCCUCAGAUCAACAUUAUCAAGCGGGCCGGGAGCCCUGCCUCCACCCCCUCCUCCCCUUGCCCUGAGUCGUCGGGUGGGAGGAAGAAGAACGAAGAGCCCUCAAAACCACCAGUGAUUCCUCCUGUAGCAACGCCAGAAAAACGUUCGGAAGAACAGCAGCCGUCGCCAAUGAAAGGGACUUGGAAGAGGAUCCGGGACGAAGACAUCCCCCAUAUCCUGAAGAGCACCCUUCCCUCCACAGCCCUGCCGUUGGUCAGCACCUUGGAGGAGGAAGAGACCCAGCAGGCCCAGACUGCUCUCCAGAGGAAGACCAGCGACGCCAUCGUGCAGACGGAAGACUUCUCCACCACCAAGACCAACUCCAGUACCUCCCCGACGCUGGAGAUGCAGGAGAUGCCAAAGAUCUCGCAGGAGGGCGGCGAGGCGGACGGCUUCAACCUGGGCAAGGCUACAGCUGCGCCCAUCUCGUUUGCUCACGAAGGGCCGUCCGGCUCUCUCGGCAGCUUCCCGCCCAGCCGGCACAGUUCCCCGAGCCGGGCCGCUCGGGUGACCCCUUUCAACUACAUCCCCAGCCCCAUGGUGGUGCUGACAGUCAGCGACAAAGAGCUGGAGAAGAUGCAGGCUUAA